AUGGGGUCGUUGUUUAGAAGUGAGGAAAUGACAUUAUGCCAGCUUUUUCUACAAAGUGAAGCGGCGUAUGCUUGCGUGUCUGAAUUAGGAGAAUUGGAGCACGAGGGUGGUGCCAGUACCACUGAAUCGAUGACGCGCGCCCUGAUAUCCGACGACCCGAACAAACAUAUGGGCCAAGUCCAACUAGGUUUACGGGAUAAGCAAGAAUCCUUGGAAUUCCUGCCUUGUUUCGUGGCCGGGGUGAUAUUGCGCGAGCGCAUACCCGCGUUCGAGCGCAUGUUGUGGCGCGCGUGUCGCGGGAACGUCUUCCUGAGGCAGGCUGAGAUCGACACGCCAUUGGAAGACCCCUCUUCUUCGGACCGAGUGUACAAAUCGGUGUUCAUCAUAUUCUUCCAAGGCGACCAACUGAAGACAAGAGUGAAGAAGAUAUGCGAAGGUUUCCGUGCAACUCUCUACCCUUGCCCGGAGGCGCCGGCAGACCGCCGCGAGAUGGCGAUGGGUGUUAUGACCAGAAUCGAGGACUUGAACACGGUGUUGGGCCAGACACAAGACCACCGUCACCGUGUCCUAGUAGCAGCUGCGAAAAACAUCAAAAAUUGGUUCGUGAAGGUCAGGAAGAUCAAGGCCAUCUAUCACACUCUGAACUUGUUCAACUUGGACGUGACGCAGAAAUGUCUCAUUGCUGAGUGCUGGGUGCCAGCUUUAGACCUGGAAACUAUUCAGUUGGCGCUCCGGCGUGGAACGGAACGCAGCGGCAGCUCGGUACCGCCCAUUUUGAACCGUAUGGAGACCGCAGAAGAUCCGCCCACGUACAACCGCACCAACAAGUUCACCAACGCUUUUCAAAACCUCAUCUACGCGUAUGGUGUUGCCACCUACCGUGAGGUCAACCCUGCACCGUACACGAUAAUAACAUUCCCGUUCCUGUUUGCUGUGAUGUUCGGUGAUCUCGGACACGGCGCACUCAUGGCUGCCUUCGGAUUCUGGAUGUGCUACAAGGAGAAACCAUUGCAAGCGAAAAAGAUCGACAGCGAGAUCUGGAACAUAUUCUUCGGCGGUCGUUACAUUAUACUUCUCAUGGGGCUGUUCUCUAUGUACACCGGUCUCACAUACAACGAUAUAUUCUCGAAGAGUCUCAACAUAUUCGGGAGUAGUUGGCGGAACAAUUACAACCUGACCACCCUCCAGCAGAACCGUCUGUUGCAACUCAACCCGGACUCGUGGGAUUACUUGCAGACGCCCUAUCCAUUCGGCAUCGAUCCAGUUUGGCAGACCGACGAAAAUACGCGGCCAGUAUGCGACGACACCAUGUUCCCAGGCCAGAUGGGAAUACAGAAGUUCUUCGUGAUCGUGGCCCUACUGUGCGUUCCAGUUAUGCUUUUCGGCAAACCGUACUUCAUCAUGAAGGAGCAGAAGCAACGUGCCCGCCAGGGCCACCAGACCAUCGAGAGCGGCGGCGAGAACGGCGCCGCGGGCGGAGCGCCGAUACCCGCCGCCCACCACGACGAGGACAUCACUGAAGUAUUCAUACAUCAGGCUAUCCACACGAUCGAGUACGUGUUGGGCAGCAUCUCGCACACCGCCUCGUACCUGCGGCUGUGGGCGCUGUCACUUGCGCACGCGCAACUGGCGGAGGUCGCCUGGAACAUGUUACUUAGGAAAGGUCUGAUGAGUAAGGGUUACGAGGGCGGCAUCCUGCUGUACGUUGUGUUCGCGGGCUGGGCCGCCAUCUCCGUCUCCAUCCUCGUGCUCAUGGAGGGACUCUCCGCCUUCCUGCACACGCUCAGGCUGCACUGGGUCGAGUUCCAGAGCAAGUUUUACGCGGGCGAAGGUUAUCUAUUCCAACCGUUUUCCUUCGAAAUCAUUCUGGAUUCAGCCGGCCAAGGGGAUGAGUAA